CCCGCUGAAGGAGCAUGGAGGCGCAGCGGCUCUUUCGGAAACUCGGGGCCGGCGCCAAGUUUGACGUGACGCGCUUCAGGGGGGACGCGGAGCGGUUCAAGGUAAUCAAAACAAAGGACAGAAAACUUCUGGCGGAUCUUGACUUCUUUGCAAGCAAAACCAAAACGCUCCUGAACCCUUCUAAGAUUGGUGCAGGAGCAAGCAAGCAUCUCGAUGAAGCAAAACAACCAUCUGAAGAAGAUGUGAAUGAAUCUGAUGGGGCUGUAAAAAAGAGAAAAAGAGAUGAGCAGAGCACAGAAGAAAGGAGGAGGAGAAGGAAGAAGAAGAAACAAGAGAUGGCUCCACUACUUGCUGGAGUUGAAAAUGAUGGAGUGUUGUGGAUGUCUGCUCUGGAAGCAAAGCGUAGUGUUCUCCCCAAAAAGUGGGAGGAGAAGCCCACUGCAGAGAAACUGGAACAAGCCAGACGAGAAAAGGUAAACCAUUUCAGAAAUAAGCACAAAAUCUACAUUCAAGGGACAGAUCUCCCAGAACCAAUUGCUACCUUUGAGCAACUUGGAGAAGAAUACACAAUCCACCCAAAGAUCAUGCAGAAUAUUGAGGCUGCUGGAUUCCGGUCCCCCACACCGAUUCAGAUGCAAGCCAUUCCGGCCAUGCUUCAUGGUCGUGAACUUCUGGCCUGCGCUCCCACCGGCUCUGGAAAGACCCUGGCUUUCACCAUUCCCAUUCUAGUGCACCUUAAGCAACCAAUGAACAAAGGCUUCAGAGCUCUCAUCAUUUCACCCACCCGGGAGCUUGCCAGUCAGACGCACAGAGAGCUGGUGAAACUGUCUGAAGGGACAGGCUUUCGGAUCUACAUGAUCCACAAAGCUGCCUUGGCUGCCAAGAAGUUUGGACCAAAAUCUUCCUGUAAAUUCGAUAUACUGGUGACCACUCCAAACAGACUGAUUUAUUUGCUGAAACAAGAUCCUCCAGCAAUAAACUUGGCCAGGGUCGAAUGGCUCGUGGUCGACGAGUCAGACAAGUUAUUUGAAGAUGGGAAGACGGGGUUCCGAGAGCAGCUGGCCACCAUCUUUCUGGCUUGCACCUCCCCUGUUAUCAAGAGGGCUAUGUUCAGCGCGACAUUCGCAAGCGAUGUAGAGCAGUGGUGUAAGCUGAACUUGGACAACGUCGUUUCUGUCUCUGUUGGAGCCAGAAACUCUGCAGCAGAGACAGUGGAUCAGGAGCUCUUGUUUGUGGGAUCAGAAACCGGGAAACUGCUAGCUAUGAGAGAUCUUGUGAAAAAGGGCUUCACACCUCCCGUCUUAGUUUUUGUCCAGUCCAUUGAGCGGGCGAAAGAGCUUUUCCACGAGCUCAUCUAUGAGGGCAUCAACGUGGACAUCAUUCAUGCAGACAGAACCCAACAACAGAGAGACAACGUCGUCCAGAGUUUCAGGGCAGGGAAGAUUUGGGUCCUGAUCUGCACAGCUUUGCUAGCGAGAGGAAUUGACUUCAAAGGAGUGAAUAUGGUCCUCAAUUACGACUUCCCAAGUAGUGCCGUGGAAUAUAUUCACCGGAUUGGUCGCACGGGGAGAGCUGGACACACAGGAAAAGCGGUUACUUUCUUCACUGAAGAUGACAAGCCAUUACUAAGAAGCAUAGCCAGUGUUAUUCAGCGAGCUGGGUGUCCUGUGCCAGACUACAUCAAACAUUUUCGCAAACUGCAAAGCAAACAAAAGAAGAAGCUGAUCAAGAAGCCUUUGGAAAGGGAACGCAUUCUCACAUCCCCUCAGUUCGUGCAGGGGAAAGCCAAGAGGAAAAAGAUAAUCGCCCAGAAAGGCGUAAAGAAGGAUAAAGCUAAAAGUAACAAUUCUCAGUCACAGACUGUUCCAGAAAAUUGAUCACACUGCCUUGAAAAUCAGUCAGGAUAAAAGGAUUCUGUUGAAUUUAAGAAGCUAAAGGGGUCGUUGAUGGACGUGCUGGAGGCGGGCCCUUCCUGAUGUCAAAAAAAUGCACCAGUGCUAAACUACCCCUGUCCAACUUGCUCAGGAACCAGACAUUUUCCAGGUGGCACCAUUUCUGCCGUGCCCCCAGGUGCUCUAGCCUGUUUUCCCCCAGGUUCUGCAGCAUCAGAAAAUGGGUUGUACGACUAGGAUGAGGGAGCGAUACGUGAUCAGCACAUUGCAGGCCUGAUGCUGAGGACUUCGGAGAAAGAAUUUAAAUUCACUUGCGGAAUACCUGUGGAAGGGGACCGAGGUGAACUGUGUUCUCACAAUAAAUUUUCC